AUGCACUUCAGGACCGAUGAUCUUUGGUUAGAGCUGGACGACGAAGACUUGGAUUGUGAGUCACCCUCGUCAGAGCACGAGCCACCGCGAUUGCAUCAAUCCGUCGAUUCGUAUCGUCCUCGUAAACCCGCAAUAGCCCUACCACCACCUCCACCCCGCUCUGCACCUCCAAUCGGAGGUGCACCUCCACAUUCCAUUUGUGGUAGCACACUCGAACCUUUCGUCAGUCCUACUGCUGAUACGAGCAGCACCACAAUAGCACUAACCACGAUAAUCAGUUCCACUCAUCAAAACUCAACGAUAACCUCGCCAAUCACCACCACCACAACAACCGCUCAACAGUCCAACCAAUCAGCACCCAAUAACAGCAAUCAAUCCAAUCGGUCCUCAGCACCUGCACCAAUUCGAAGUACCACAAGUACUUCAAGUGUUGGCAGUACGUUACCGAAUGGUGUUUGCAAACAGUCUGAAACGCUUUCAAACGAUUGUUGUUCGAAUGUUAACGAACAACAACGUUCGUCUACGUUUGCACCAUCAAACUUAAGACUCGAGGAACUCGAACUGAAGCGUUUCAGUCAUGUUACGGCGAUUCAUGACGCUGAUAGUCCAGCCGGAGAGAUGCGUUUGCAGCAAUCUUUAUCCACACCAUGUCCAAGUGGUAGUAUGGAACCAUCCACAUCUCGCAAGGAUUCGGAAUAUCGUCGUUUCAAGAGUGAAGGAUCAUCAGCUGGGGCGUGCUCCCUACCAGCACCAGAGAUGGAUGUGACCAUCGAUGACCUAUCGCCUAUCGCUGAUCCACGCUCUUCACCUCCGGGUCGACUCAACUUAUUUCAGGAUACAGUGUCAAAUGGGCCGUUGACAAAGCAUUCGCACACCGAACAAGUCAUGAUGAUGCAUACGUUAAAAACGAAGUUAUCAAAGUAUCAGAACUUCAUCGACAAUGCAUUUCAACAUAUCGCUCAAGGAAGUGAUGAGCAAAUCAUCGAAGGCUGUACGAUCGUCGCCAAAGUGAUGACAAAGGCGUGGAUGUUCCCCAAAAUAUCGCACGACCUUUCUUAUGCGCUUUGUGAUUACUUACGAGAUCAAAAUUAUUUGGAUGCUCUUAUUAUGCAUUUCAUUAAAGCACAAACUUGUGAACCAGUACGACUUGCGUCUGGACGUGUUCUAGAGGAGUGUUUAUCGUUGAAUAACCGCGAAUAUGUUGUGAAUAAGGGUUAUCUGAAGAAGCUGGUAACGACAGCGAUGAAAUUAAGUAAGAAUCCUGAACAGCAGCGAAUGUCACUGUCGAUCAUGGAAAGUCUAUUCAAGCAUUCUACUGCCACAUCUUACAGAUUGGUGGAAUACGGAGUACUUGAUCAUAUCCUGUUAACGUGUAAACGUGCCACCGAGACUCCAAUAACACUACGUCACGCUGCAUUAGCUUUAGCUAAUCUAUCGCUUUAUAGUUGUUCGGAAGCAAAAAAGAAAAUCAUUCAAAAAAAGGUACCAGAUUGGUUGUUUUUAUUGGCGUCGCAACCAGAUGAUUUAACACGGUAUUAUGCAUGCUUAGCGAUCUGUACACUUGGAAGUACAAAAGAAAUGGAAGCAGCUGUUAUAAAAUCUGGUACAUUAUCGUUGGUUGAGCCCUUUUUAUUGGCUCAUCAUGCAACCACUUUUGCGGGUGAUCAUUAUAAGCAUUCACAGGGAAGGCCGAAGGAAUGGCUCGUGAGGUUAUUACCGAUGUUAAAGUCGAAAUGUCGUGAGGCGAAAAGUAUGGCUGCAUUUCACUUCACCAUGGAGGCUACCAUUAAGAAAGAUCAGCAAAAGCUCGAAGUUUUUCAGCGAACCACUGAGAUCAUUUGA